AUAGUUGUGAGUCGUGUUUGAUCCUGCAAACACGUAUUAACCUUUGACAUCACGUGUCAUCAGUAUCGUAAAAGUUGAAACAAGUUUUUUUAAAAAUAAAAAAAUAUAUACGUCAAGUCACUAUUUAACAAUGCCAGUAAUUUUUUUUUUCUUUUUGUUUUUAUUAAUAAAUUAAUUAAUCAAUUGAAUAUAUUGCUUUUUUUUUUUUUUGAAUUUAAAAAGUGAAGUUAUUAAUAAUAAUUGAAGUGAUAAUUAUUAUUUUUCAUUAGUUUAUCUGUGUUAAUUAAUUUUAUGUGAAAAAAAAAUAUAAUUAUUUGUGAUAAUUGUCAUGUUUGGAUAUAAAAAAAAAAAAAAAAAGUGUCAAGUGACAGGAUUUGAAUUAAUUUGUCAUCAUUAAAAAGAUUAAAAAUAAAAAAGCUAAUAUUGAUAUAAUUAAUAAAUGUUAAAAUUUAAAUAGAUUAAAUAAUAGUUAAAAAUUAUAUAAAAAAUGUAUGAAAAAUAAUAGUUUAUAAACUGUUAUACGAGUUAAUUAUCACGGCACAUAAUUUUGAAUUUAUUGACCAAAAAAAAAAAGUAUAUAUAGUGUUGUGGUGAUAGUUAAAUUAUAUACAGAAUAAAAUAACCAGACACAUGUUUCACUUAAUUUAAAUAUUAACGCGGUCUCGCUCAAUUGUGCCGCUAAAACAAAGAAAAAAAAAACGUACAAAAAAAAAAAAAUAACUGUGCGUUAUUAUGGAUGGACACUGGUCUUUUGAUCUUUUGUGUCUAUUUUUUUUUAUCACUCUACUUCUCAAAGAAGCUGAGCCAAUAAAAAUAACGUCAGUUGAAAUACCAAGUGUUAUUAAAGCUGGUACACUUGAAACAAUAUUAGACUGUAAAUAUGACAUGGGAUCAUCAUCAAACGAUGAUUUAGUUGUUAAGUGGUAUGUCAAUGAUGAUCUACUCUAUCAAUGGAUAUAUGGCUCAAAACCAAGAGCAUCUGAAGAGUAUAUGCACUAUAUUGAUUCAACUUAUAAUGCAAGUACUGAUCCAAAUAUGGAAUACAGAGCUGUCAAACUCAUCAAACCAAGUCAUUUAAUAACUGGCAAAAUCAGAUGUAGUAUAUCAGCACAGGAUGGAGAAGAUGAAGCAUCAAGAGACAUGUUGGUUUACUCACCUGAAAAAGUAUUUCGGUUAUUACAUCCAAAAAUGAGUCAUGAUUCUCGAUUACUAAUUGCUAAAUGUUUGGCUGAGGAUAUUUUUCCAAAACCAAUAAUCAAGAUUCUUCGUGACAAUCAAACAGUUGAGGAACAAAAAGUAAAUUAUAAAUUAAAUCCUGAUGAUGGCCGAUAUAGCGCCGAGACAGUUGUUGAAUUGCGGAUGGCUGAAAUUCAAUUACCAACCACAUUUGAGUGUCAAGUAUCCAUCAAGUCUGCCAAUUAUACUUCGAAUAGAAAAUAUGUAUACAAUGAUGGAAAUAGACAGAAUUUUUCUCUCACAUUUAUCAUCAUAAUAAGUAUCCUCGUUGCAGGAACAACGAUAGUCGAUAUCUAAAUCCAAAAAAUUAAAAAAAAAAAAUUGAAAUAUAAUAAAAGAAAUUUUAAUAUUUAAAAAAAACAAAUACAAAAUGAAUUUUAAUAAGCGUAAAAAAAGACAGAGUAAUAGUUAAUUUUUUUCUUUAUAUUCUCUAAUACUUGGCUAUUGAAUUUUUUUAUUUAAUUUUUAUUUUAUUAUUAAAAACUUUUCUAUAAAUUAAAAAUAACAGCCAUUUAUUUAGUGAAUCGUUCAUUGACUAACAGGGUACUAAACAAAAAAAAAAAAAAUAUGAAAAACCUAUAACCAAAUAUUUUGUUUGUUUUUAUAUAAAAUUAUUAUAAAAAAAAACUUUUAUUUUAUUUUAUUUUUUUUAAAUAUAUAUAAAAACUUUUAGUUAUUUACAACGUUAAUUGGAUCAAUAUUAACUUGCUAUUAUUUUUUUUUAUAUUAAAAGUUUUGUUUAAAUAUAAAUACCAGUGUUUUAUAAUUUAAAACAAUAAACAAUGAAAAUAAAUAAUAAUUUUGUUCGUAUAUAGUAUGAUUAAUUACAACGGGUGUAUAUUAAAAAAAAGAAUAUUUAAAAAAGGGAUUUUAUAAUCAACGACAGGUCCGAAAUAAAAAAUGCCAGUGUAUACGAGAGAAAAAUAAAAAAUAAAAAAAUUUAGUUUGCAAUAAUAAGCGUUAAAGAGAAGCUUUUCAAGCUGCGUAUGAAAAAAAAAAAAUUAUAUCAGA